AUGGGGGGAGGAGAUGAGAGGAAGAUGCUUGUACUGGAGGGAGGAAAGGAGUCUGAUGAGAGGAAGAUGCUUGUUCUGGAGGGAGGAAAGGAGACUGAUGAGAAGAAGAUGAUUGUACUGGAGGGAGGAAACGAGGCUGAUGAGAGGGGGAUGCUUGUACUGGAGGGAGGAAAGGAAACUGUUUCGAGGAAGAUGCUUGUACUGGAGGGAGGAAAGGAGGCUGAUGAGAGGGGGAUGCUUGUUCUGGAGGGAGGAAAGGAGCCUGUUGAGAGGAAGAUGUUUGUACUGGAGGGAGGAAAGGAGCCUGUUGAGAGGAAGAUGCUUGUACUGGAGGGAGGAAAGGAAACUGUUUCGAGGAAGAUGCUUGUACUGGAGGGAGGAAAGGAGGCUGAUGAGAGGGGGAUGCUUGUUCUGGAGGGAGGAAAGGAGACUGAUGAGAGGAAGAUGCUUGUACUGGAGGGAGGAAAGGACACUGAUGAGAGGGGGAUGCUUGUACUGGAGGGAGGAAAGGAGUCUGAUGAGAGGAAGACGCUUGUUCUGGAGGGAGGAAAGGAGACUGAUGAGAAGAAGAUGAUUGUACUGGAGGGAGGAAAAAGAGGCUGA